UCGAUGCUUAUCCGAAAAGGUACACCUAAAUCUGUGCACAAUGUGAUUAGAGAGCAUCCUAUGCUAAGAAUCUAAGCUUAAAUACUUUUUGGUCUCCGGCUGACAGCAUAGUGAAAACUACUAAGGAAUGGAGGCAGUGCCACAGACUCAGUACACUGACAGUUAUUAUUUCUUUCCUCUGUCACAUUGCAGCUCAAUUCAGAGAGAUUCUCUCCUUUGUGGCUCCUUCUCAUCUGCUUUCUCUCUCUCUCUCUCCCCUCCAAUGGUGAGAAAAGUUUGCCUUUUCCUAGGUGGGAUUAUUCCAUCUUUUCACUCCUCCAUUGGAGCCAUCUCCAUUUCCAUUCCCUCGGUCCUUGCCUAACACUAACACCUAUGGCAUGCCUCUUUCUGCAGCAGCCUUUGUCCUCUUUAUCUCCACCAUGUAGCCUUUGGAGAUCCAUCCAUACACUGAGAUGAGCUGCUUCUGCUGAGGGUUGUCAUAGAUUUGGGAAAGACUCUCGUGUCGUUCUGAUUCUGGGAAGAUCAACCAGUGUUUGGUGCCACAUUUUUUUCCCAGUCCAGGUGAGUUCAGUGUGAGGAGGAGACCAUGAUCUGAAGCUUCUCUUAGCUCACUUCUCAGCGGAUUCCAGCUGCCAUCUCUCUCCAUUGGGAAUUCUUCAGUGUUGCAGGUUUUCUUGGCCUUCUAAGAGUUAGCACAGUGGGUGUUGUGCUGAUCACAGCUGGUUUCUGGGAGGAUGAGGCCAGUGGAGAGCAAGGGGAGCUGUAGCCAUGAAUCAGUUCAGGAUCACCAUAGCUGCAAUGCAUACGGCUUCGAGUUCCACAGUGGCGCCGGCCCAACCAAGGCCCUUCACCACCACAAAGCGCUGGGGUCGCGCGCCAAGCCCACCCCUUCCAAGUGGGACGACGCCCAGAAAUGGCUGGUGGGGCUCUCAGCUCGGGCAGACCACAAGCACUCCGUGAGCAAGCCAAGGAACUCGAACGCCGACGACCGGAGGCUGCUCACCUCAUUGUCCCAGAGAGGGCGGGACUCCUGUAGCAGCGCCGAUGGAGUUCUGGAGGACGACAUGGUUCUCGCAGUGGCUGCUCAAGACGCAGCCGAAACAAAGAAGGUGGACUGCAACGAGCCGUUGUGGAGGACGAACAAGCCGAGCGAGGACUCGUCCGUGGUGGUCAGAUCGGUGUGUUUGAGAGACGCGAGCACGGAGAUGACGCCGAUCGCAAGCAAGGAACCAUCUCGGACCGGCACGCCGCUUCGAGCGACGACGCCGGUGUUGAAGAGUCCGCUCUCUUCGAGGUCAUCCACCCCGGGGAGAACCCGACAGGGCGCGGAACAGCACGACGACCACCAGCCGGGGAUGAGGAAUCCGGAGAGGAGAACCGAGGCAGUGCCUUUCGGGAGGUCGACCGGCAAUGGCUGGCCUUGCAGAGGUGAAGCUGCUCACAUCGACGGCAGCAAGUAUCCUGAGGUGAAUGCAUCUGAGCAAGAUCAGAACAUGGAUUCGCUGGAAUCUCAAGCCACUGCAUGGGACGAAGCAGAGCGAGCAAAAUACACGGCAAGAUACAAGCGUGAAGAGGUGAAGAUACAAGCAUGGGAGAAUCAUGAGAAAAGAAAAGCUGAAACUGAGAUGAGGAGGAUGGAGGUCAAGGCAGAAAGAAUGAGGUCGCGAGCCCAAGAAAAACAUGCAAGCAGGUUGGCAGCGGCACGGAGAAUGGCAGAGGAGAAGAGAGCCAAUGCAGAGGGCAGGCUGAACGAGCAUGCCGCGAGGACUUCGGAGAGAGCAGAUUACAUUAGAAGGACAGGGCAUUUGCCAUCCUCUUUUUUCUCCUUCAAAUUGUCUUCUCUUUGUGGUUGAGGGCCAUUUGCUGGUCUCUUAGACUCUCUUUUUUACUGCUUUUGUUCUGAUCU